UUGAAAAAUUGUCAAAGAAUCCAAAAAAAAUAGUCGAAAUUUUUUUAUAAAGAAAUUCGAAUUCCUGUACAAAAAUUUUAAAAAAUAUAAAUGCUAAACAUUCUCUGGUUGCUAAUAAAAAAUUUUGAUUGCUUCGAAAUUUCUUUAGUUUAUUUAUUUAAUUUUAAUUUUUUUUUAAACAUAGAAAGGCCAAAUUAGUGGAAGCCUCUAUGUAGUGGGAGCAAAAACAGAAAAAAAAACAAAUUAUAAAUAAAAAAUAUAAAAGCCUCCCCAGAAGAGCAGGAUGGAUUUUGCUUUAGUGGCCACACCACACGAUGCAGUAGACGACGGUCGUUGUAGGUGCGAAAGCAUUUCAAACCCUACCUCACCCACCAGAACAAAAAAAAAAAUUAAAUAUUACAAUAAUUAAUUUAAUUUUUCUACCCCAGCGAGGAAACCAACUACGGAUAAUUACUAAUUAAUUUGCUAACUAAAAUUUUAAUCAAAUAAAAAAAAAUUAUAUUUUCACCAGUGACAACUGCAUUGGAUACGAAUUUGAAAAGGAAGUGAGAUAAAAUUGAAAUAAAUUUCUUUAACAAAACAAUAUAAUUUGAAGUGAAAGUUUUCUUAAAACAGCGCCAGAAUUUAACUGAGCACGCAAUAGUGUCUGAUAAAAAUAUUUAAAUAAAUUAAAAUUUACAUUGAGCAAAAGUUCAAAGUUUGUAGCGAAAGCACCCAAUCUGACUUGAAUCCGUCCUAUGCCCCUUUGUAGAAAAUAAUUUACACACCAAACGAGGGAAGCUAAAAGACUGUAUUUUUAUAAAGCAUUUGCGUGAAAAAGCGUAAGAAAACGAAGUGCGUGAGAAAGGACAAUGAGUGCAACAACAACUGCGCAUACAAAUUUCCUGUUACGAACUUCAUGGAAAUACUAAAGAGCGAGUUGGAAUAUUCGAGAAAGAGCCGAUACUCAAUUGAGUGCACCAGAGAGAGUGGGCAGAGUUUUGUGAGAGAAAUUAAGCAAAUGCGCGAAAAGUGCAAAUUUGAGUGCAUUUGACAGCGGAGAAAUAUUAAUUGAGCAGCAUUUAUGAAGGAGAAAAACAAAACUGAGUAACAAUUUUGCAUUUUUAUACGUAUUUCAAAUAAAAAUUAAGAAGAUCUUUUUAUGAAAAGCAAAAGACUGAAAAUUCGCAAAGAAAAGUUUAACAAAGAAGUGCAUUUUGCAAAAAAAACAAAAAAAAAACAAUUAAGUGCAAUUUUCGCUCAAAUGAAAAAAACUAAAUAACGUAAAAGCAAAUAAAUAAAUAAAUAAAAUAAGAAAAUAAGAAAAAAAUCUACAGUGGCGUUAAAAACAACUUUUGUGCUGUAGUGAAGUUUACUAUGCAUUUUAAAGACAUUUUUGUGUAAAAGAAAACUUGUUAAUGAGAAGAAAUUGUUGUUAAUGAAAAUAAAGAGCAAAAUAAACAAGCAUCAAAUAUUUGCAAAACCAAAACCAAAACAUUUUAUAGAAAAAGAGAUACCUCUAAAGUGGAAAGGAGAAAAUUCCAGUGUAUUGUCGCCUUAAAACUAACACACACGAACUUUAUAAAUAAAAAAUGCUAAAAAGUCUAACGCCGCAUCCUACUCAGCGGUGAGCGUAAAAGCUGUGAAUGCAUAAAACAGGCGAAAGCUCAAGCUACGCAUUGUUGCUGCAACUAAAAGAACAAGUGAGAGUGAGAGAUAACGAGACACUGCGUUAAAGAGUGUUCGAGAAGGAGCUAAAAGAGUGUCAGAGAAGGAGGUAAAAGAGUGUUCGAGAAGGAGCUAAAAUAGUGACAGAGAAGGCGCUAAAAGAGUGACAGAGAAGGAGUUAAAAGAGUGACAGAGAAGUAGAUAAAAGAGUGACAGAGAAGGGGCUAAAAUAGUGGCAGAGAAAGAACAAAAAAGUGAAAAGAGAAGGUCGGAUUUAGAGGCACCCGGCAUGCAAAUGAGUGAAUAUACAACCGCUGGGCUCACUUAAGUUAAAACCUGAAACUGUUUUCAAAAAACAAUUACAUUGGAUAUUGGAUAUUGGGUAUUCAAAACAGCACAACAACAGUGAUUUAAGCCGAAAGGCUGAGGGCGCGCUUAAAAGCAAUUUUUUUUUUUUUAAAGUGGCAGCACUCAAAAAUAAUGUAUUGAUAAAGCUAAAAAUUGCUUUUCAAAACUAAAAUUAUUUCACAACUACCCUUGGAUUAAACACUGGCAAACCUGCAACAAAUAAUAUACAGCGAAAGUAUUUCUAAUUUUUUUUUUUUGAAAAAUAUAUCGAAGACAGUUAAAAAGUAAAAUUAAAAAUUUGAAAUUUUUUUCAAAGACUAUUAAAAAGUAAAACUGAAAAUAGUUACGCUGCAAAAUUAAAAAAAAAGUGUAAACAAAUAUUUUACGAGCUCAUCGGACAACUUAAAUUUGGAAGAUUUGAGCGAAAUAUAUAACCCUGAGUUAAAGUGGAAGUAAGGCAUGAAUAUUGUGAGUUUCUAAAAUCACUUGAAGAAAUGCUAGAAAUUUAAACAUGCAGACAAUCUCUGUGUAUUUUUGUAUCUUUUAAACAUUAAGGCAAAUCAACAAGCACAUUUUAUAGUUUUCUAGUUCAUCAAAGUGCGAAAAAAUGCUCACAUUAGCCGAUUACUUCAUCGAAUUAAACAAAUAAAAUUUCAAAACUGCAAAGUUAAAAAAUGCAUCAUAGUUGCGUAAAAACUUAAAAAUUCAACAAAUAUAAGUUUAAAUAAAUUAAAGACUGACCAAACUGCCUUAAAUGCAUUGCUGCUUUAACCAUAAGAAACGCAUAUAGAUACGAAAAGCAAAAAAUUACACACCAUACAACUAAGAAAGUCAAAAGGCCGAGGUGUUUAAAAAUCCUUCAAAUAAAUUUCAAAACUACGAAAAAGCUCAGCAUUUUCGUCACCAAAGGUAAAACUAUCAAAAUGUUCUCUACAUUACUUUGUUAUCCCACUUAAAAAUGGCGUGGCGCACGUCAUGUAAUCAUUAGCAACAUGUUGCGCAACAUUCAUCAGCGCGCAACAUUUUUAUCAAACUCAUCUCAGUAAGUAAAGACAAAGUAAAUCAACAAUAAAAGCAACCAACUCCAAUGAAUGCCAACCAGUUGGCGUCGGAUGUGACAGCGAGAACAGCGAUCACAACUGGCAAUACUAACAACAACAACAAUAGUAGCAGCAGCAGCACGACCAAUGACACCAGCAACAUCGAUGUUGCUAACGAAUCCAUGAAUCUGAGCAUAUUGGGGAAACAUGAAAAAAUUGCGAAGCAUUUAAAAAAUGUAGCUGCUAGUAAAACGGAUACAAAUGAUGACAGCAACAGCGGUGGCAACAGCAAUAACAAUAAAAGUAGUGGUGGAGGAAUCUAUGAACCGAAACAAAAUGGGCAAUAUCGUGAAUUCGAUGAGCAUUUGGAUGGUAGGGAGACGCCAACGAAUAGCUGGCAGCAACAGCAUCACCGCAUAAAUGGCGAAAAGUCAGCCACAACAACAAUACACGGCCACAAUAGCAACAGCAAUAAUAGCAGCAGCAGCAGCAGUAGUAGUAGUGGCGCAGGUGGCGGCGGCAACAAGCGAGAAAGUGGCGAACAAUCGUCAGCGAACAAGGAUGUUGAUGAGCGGAAUGAAGGGAGAGAGGCAGAAAAUGAAAGGGGCAGAGAGCGUGAGGGCGCCGCUGUUGAUGAAGCCGAUUUUGGACGGCUGCACACAGCUACAAUCAUAAAAACCCCACUCACCAAGACGCUGCUGAAGCGUUGCAGUAGCUACAGUGCGUUGAGCGGCAGCAGCAGUGGAAGCGGAAACGGAAACGGUAGCAAUGGCAGUGGAAAUGGGCACGGGCAUGGAAGUGCCACCACUGCGGCUACCUCAGUAGCCACAACUGCAUGCUGCGCACAACCCGCCACCAUCGCCGCCAAUGAGUGUUUGCUCAAUUGCAGCGCCAGGGAAGAGCGAGAGUGUGAGCAGCAGCAGCAGCAGCAUGAACGAUCACCAUCGACACUGUCUGAGCAGGCGUCGUUCAAUGGUGGUGAUGAAGGCUCAUCUCCGCCACCCCCACCGCCGCCUACCUCGUUGCCGUCGGCACACAGUUUCCUGCAUAAAAUGCCAACAUCCAUAACGCCAACAACAGCAACAACAACUGCUGCUGGUAGUGAUGGGGCGAAAUGUAGCAAAUGCAAUAACAACAACAACGUACAUUACAACAAUUACAAUUGUUACUAUCGCAAAAAGUCGCGUAUGCCGAUUUGCCGAAUUAUGACACUGAGCCGUGGCCCGUACAGCGAGCUCGAUAAAAUGAGCCUUUUUCAGGAUCUAAAACUGAAACGACGAAAAAUCGAUUCAAGAUGCAGCAGUGAUGGCGAAUCAGUAGCCGACACCUCCACCUCCUCGCCCGAUCUACUCGCACCGAUGUCGCCGAAAAUGUGCGAUACGGGCGGUGCUGGUGCAGGCGGCGGCCAUGGGGGCGGCGGUGCGCUCUCCUCGUUGCCGUUGCCCACCGCCGUCGUCACUUUGACGGCCACCUCCACCAUUGCACCCGUCUCAGCUUGCUCAAGCAGCAGCAGCAGCGUGUCAACUGGCACCAGCAGCACUAUCGGUCACAAUGUGUGCGCGCCAAUGCCACCAAGCGCCACCACUACGGUGGUUGUGUCCGCCGGCAAAGCAGCAGCAGCUGUGAAAGCUGAGCAAAAGCAUAUUCAGCAGCAUCAGCAGCAACAACAACAGACUGAAAUUCACUCGUCCAGCGGCACUGUUAGCGCAGCGGCCGCCUCGUCUGUGAUGUCACCGCCUCCAACCACAACUGUGCGCAUGUCACCUGCACCGGCGACUGAUCUAAGUUUACCAGCAGGGCGGCGCACGCCCAGCAAUGUCACACCUACACGAGCCACACCAACACCGCCACAUAAUAAUGGCAAUGCGAGCAGUAGUUGCGGCACGAGUAAUGGUGGUGGUAGUAGUCGCGCGUCACCGGAUUCAAUGGAUGAACGUCCGUCUACAACUACUACAACAGCGGGUGGCACACAGAUGUCCACAAAUGGUGUGCAUGGAGCAGGCGCCGUUAUCGGUCAUGCGUCGAACAGCGCUGGUGGUGAGUGUAUCCCAGGUUCAGUGAGUGCCGAAUGUGGUGUUAGCAAUUUAAGUGUCAUACGCUCAGUGAAAGAAGAGCGCAUCGCUGCCUCGCCCACUAAAAUGCUAUCCUAUCAGCAACAUCAACAACAGCAGCAGCAACAGCAAAUGCAAUAUCAGCAACACGCACAGUCUGCGCCCCCACCAACACAGUCCAAAGGUCUUACGCAGUCGCAACAGCAUGUCACAGUGCUGGUGACGCCGUCGCGCAUAAAGUCUGAAUUGUCGCCUCAACAGCAACAGCAGCAGCAGCAAAUGCCGCCGACGUCGCUGCAACAUUUCACACACCACCCAGCCUACUCUACAUCUGUCUCUACUGCGACCGCCUCAGCUAUAUCAUCCUCCGCCACGGUGACCACAACAAGCAGCGCCAGCACGUCAUCAAUGCACGCCAGCUCACCUUCGCCUACGCCAUUACCCACAUCCGCGGCUGCGGCAGCAGCGGCGCAUCAUCAACAUUUACAUCACCCGCCACCGCCGAUUGUGCAGACGCAUCACUUGCAUCAGCAGCUCACACAACCGCAAUUGCGCAAGAGUAGUCCGCCGUCAGGGCUAGGGCUGCCGCAGCAACAUUUACUCAACCAAUCUAUGCAACAUUUGACGCAACAGCAACAACUGCAGUUGCUCCAGCAGGCUGCGGCAAUGUCGCAACGUCCGACCCAAAUGUCGCCUAAUGCAAUUAGUUCGUCGCCGAGCGCGCGACAUCAGUCUAGCGCCACAUCACCACAUCAGCAUCUCCUGCAGCAACAACAACAGCAACAUUUACGGAUCAAGAAAGAGCCCGCGCAGUUACUUUCUGCCGCCGCUGGCAGCUUGUUGGGUAGCAGUGGUGCUGCGCAAAGGCAUCUACACUCGCCACUUCACCACCACCCAUCAUCACCGCAACAACAACAACAGCAACCACCGCAACUGCCACCACAAGCGUUGGGUAAUAUUGCACAGCUCAUACAUCCGGCGUCACUGCAGUCGUUGCGCCAUCCCAAUCGCGAUGCAGCCAUACUAUUUCGCGUGAAGAACGAAGUGCAUCAGCAGGUGGCGGCAGCGCAGCUUAUGCAGCCUGGUGCUGCUGCAGCAGCAGCCGCGGCCGCACAACGCAUGGUUUGGGUGUCGAAUGCGCGCAUUAACGGUGUCAAGCCGGAGGUAAUAGGCGGUCCUUUGGGUAAUUUGCGACCAGGCGGUCCGCCGCAAUCACCUUCGCCACAUCACUCUUCAUCCUCCUCUUCGUCACAGCUAUCGCCGCAGACACCUUCGCAAACGCCGCCGCGUGGUACGCCUACCGUCAUCAUGGGCGAAAGUUGUGGCGUGCGCACAAUGGUCUGGGGCUAUGAGCCAGCGCCGCCUACUGCAGGGCCAUCACCUACGCAUGGCGGUGGCAACAGUAGCGGCAGUGGUGGUCUACACCAGACGCCACCCUCAACGCCACAACAUCACCAUAUGCAUCAGCAAUUGCAGCACCAACCACCCUCCUCUAUGUCAUCGCUGUCCCAACAAUCGCAUCACUCAUCACAGUCAUCACUGCAGUCGGCCUCUUCGCCUUCGGCGGGUUCAAUUACGCCUACACACACACCUGGUCCGUCGCCGCAGAACAACGAGGAGGCGGCACAACUGUUGCUCUCACUUGGCCAGACGCGCAUACAGGAUGUGCGACCACGACCACACCAAUUUCGUACACCCCACGCGCUCAACAUGGCACGUCUGUGGGAAGGCGAUUUGUCGCAGUUGCCGCCCGGCCAGAUUCAUGCGCUGAACUUGAGUGCACAACAGCAAUGGGGUAGCUCGAAUGCGACGGGUCUGAAUCGUGGAUUGGAUGUACCGCAUGAGCCCACGGACGAGGAUGAUCAGCCGCUUGUUUGUAUGAUCUGCGAGGAUAAAGCCACUGGAUUGCAUUACGGAAUCAUCACGUGCGAAGGUUGCAAGGGAUUCUUUAAGCGAACCGUGCAGAACCGGCGCGUCUACACCUGUGUGGCCGAUGGCACUUGUGAAAUUACCAAAGCACAGCGGAACCGGUGUCAGUAUUGUCGAUUUAAGAAGUGUAUCGAGCAGGGCAUGGUGCUGCAAGCCGUUCGAGAGGAUCGCAUGCCGGGCGGUCGCAACAGUGGCGCCGUCUACAAUCUCUACAAGGUCAAGUAUAAGAAACACAAAAAGUCAAAGCAACAGCAGCAGCAACAACAACAACAACAAUCGCAGCAACAACACAUGCAUUCACCACACCAUCAGUCGCCACUCUCCCCGCAUCAUCAGCAGCAUCUGCUCUCGCCACAACAGCAUCUGCAUCAACAUCAACAACAAUUAGCGGCAGCAGCUGCCGUCGCUGCAGCGGCGCAACAUCAGCAUUCAAAGUUGUUGAGCGCCACGUUGGCGCAAAGUGAAGUGAAGCCAAUGUUCUUCGGUCCCUCCAUCAAGCAAGAGCAUCUGCAACAGCAGCAGCAGCAGCAACACCAGCAACAUCAGCAACAGCAACAACAGGCAGCGCAACUGCAUUCGCCUCACCAGCAGCAGCUACUCUCACCUCACCACACGCUACAUGGCUCGCCGCAUGGCGCGCUACCGCCACACUCAUCAGCUGGCACGUUGCACAGUCCGCUCUCACAUGGACCACCCUCAAUGCCGGCACACACCUCCUCCUCAUCCUCGUCCUCAUCGUCGGCGUCUUCGGGUGGCAGUAGUGCCUCUCAACAGCCAUCGUCACAUCAUGCGCUCCACUCGCCGCAUCAUACGCUCACGCAUACGCAUCAUUUGCAAUCGAAUGCGCCACAUCCGCCGCACACAACACAACAAUUGCAUCAACAACAGCAACAGCAGCAGCAGCAGCAACAGCAUCAACAGCCGACGCAGCUGCAGGAAACUGCCAUCAAACUGCCCUCGCAUUUGGUUAACGGUACAAUACUUAAGACUGCACUCACGAAUCCCAGCGAAAUCGUGCAUUUACGUAAUCGGCUCGAUUCGGCUGUCAGUUCGUCGAAGGAUCGGCAGAUCUCGUAUGAGCAUGCGCUCGCCAUGAUCCAAACGUUAAUCGACUGUGACGCCAUGGAAGACAUUGCCACACUGCCACAUUUCUCCGAAUUUCUCGAAGACAAAUCGGAGAUCAGCGAAAAGCUCUGCAAUAUUGGCGACUCCAUUGUGCAUAAACUGGUGUCGUGGACAAAGAAGCUGCCCUUCUACUUGGAGAUACCCGUCGAGAUACAUACGAAGCUGCUGACGGAUAAAUGGCAUGAGAUACUCAUACUGACGACAGCUGCGUACCAGGCGUUGCACGGCAAACGCACCACGCCCCGUACCGCGACACCAGGCAGUGGUGGUGCCACAACGGCGCAUGCUUCGUCCACCACCAGCUCCAGUGGUCGCUCCAGCGUUGGUGCGUCACCACAUUCGCCUGCCUCUGCGAAUCAUCAUCACAAUCACCAUCACGCGCAUCAUAUGAGUAGUUCACCACAUGCGGCGAGCAGCAGUCUGAGUUUGCCACACCAGCAUCAUCAUCAUCAUCAAAUGCAUUCAGCCGCCACACCUCCGCCACUACAAAAGGACGAUCCCGAGUUUGUGGACGAGGUGAAUGCUCACCUUAAUACGUUGCAGACGUGCCUCACCACGCUGAUGGGUCAGCCCAUUGCCAUGGAACAGCUGAAGUUGGACGUAGGUCAUAUGGUGGAUAAGAUGACACAAAUAACAAUCAUGUUUCGACGCAUCAAACUCAAAAUGGAGGAAUACGUUUGUUUGAAGGUGUAUAUUUUGUUGAACAAAGCAGAAGUGGAACUGGAGAGCAUACAGGAGCGAUAUGUGCAGGUGUUACGUACCUAUUUGCAACACUCCUCGCCGCAGAAUCCGCAAGCGCGACUAACUGAAUUGCUGUCACACAUACCGGAGAUCCAAGCUGCUGCUAGUCUAUUGCUCGAAAGUAAAAUGUUCUACGUUCCCUUCGUUUUGAAUUCGGCCAGCAUAAGGUAGCAAAUGCUUGAACGUGGACUACUGCCGAUCGAUGAUGAUCCACCCAGGGGGUGUAUGAUGAUAAAGCAGAUGCCGCAGCAACAGCAACCGCAGCAGCUGCAGCCGAAACAUGACGAUGAAGAUGAGCAAGAGCAAGAGGUAGAGCAACAACAACAAAGCAAUCUAAUGAAAGCACGACGACGUACAGCCACGGAAAUGGCAGAACGCUUGCAGCGGCAAAGAGAGGCAACAGAAAAGCAACAAAAACAGCAGCAACAGCAAAACCAGCCACAACAACAUGAACCCCAACAGCAGCAGCAACAGGCAAGAUUUAGUUUACCAAUGCUGGAGCUGCCGAGAAUCAAAGUGGAAACCGAGCAGCAACAUCAGCGCUACUCAAUGGAUGAGGACGACGAUGACGAAGAGGAAGAGGAAGAAGAGUUGCGAAACAUUGAGGAAAACCAAAAGCAGCAGCAGCAGGAGCACAAAUCCGUAGAGGAGUCUACUACGCGAUCGAUGGUACGCCUUAUAGAACCAACCACUUCGAUAUUGAAGACUUCAUUGCUGGCCGGCGCUGCAGCAACAUUGGCGACGCUGACAGCAGCUGCGGAACAGGUCAGCCGAACGUCGCUGUCACCACAAGCGCAAAGCGACCGAUCAGCAGCGGGUGCGGGCGCGAUUUCCGGGCACCGUUCGCCAACGGCGGGCAAUAGUCUGAUAGAGAGUAAAAGACUGCAAACAAAUCAACAACAAACACAACAGCAAGACCCCCGUGAACAUUCCGCGCCCGCAAUGACAUACAAAUCGAUAUUGCAGACAGCGCUUAUGGGCGAGCGACCGUCGAGACCACAAACGCCACCGUCGCAGCCACCAUUAUCGCCGGCUGCUUCAGCGCCAAUUAUUGUGCGAGCUACCGGUGUGCAACCAAUACCCCCGCCGCCCCCGCCACCGCCUCACGUGCUGAAAACGGCUGUGACACUGGCGAGUUUGAGUGAAAUUGCUGCCGCGCGGCAGCAACAGGAGGAGGAAGAGCGCCUUUUGCGCGAGCAACAGCAACAGCAACAACAACAGCAUUUAUUAUUACAACAAACACUGCCAUUGAAGAAGAAGAAAAGUUUUCUGCAGCAAAAGUUAACAGCAACAUGCAACAUGCUGACAACAGCAGCAACGAUAUUGCAGCAACAGCAGCUGCCCCCACAUGCAGCACUGCCACAACAGCAACAGAAUACCAUUACCAUACUGCCAAUUGGAGCCAACAACAAAACCAACACUGCCAUGUCGGCUGCAACAACCGUCCCGACAACAAAAAUCGUGUUCAAUAAUGUGAUAGCGAACGCGGGUGGAGCCAGCGUAUUGCGCUGCGGUGCGACGACAACAGCGUCUACUGCCGCAACAUCAACAACAACAACUACAAGCGCUCGCACAACAGUCUCGUGCCUCAGCAACCUACGCUCAACCACAGCGGCGGCAAGCGGCAGCAAGGUGGCCAGCAUUAGAGGCUCAUCCACUGCUGAGCACAACAGUGCCAGAAAUUUUGCUAGCACUUCAAAAAAUGUUGCCUGCAAUAUCAGCGCGGCGAAUAGCUGUCAAGCGAUAGCCACGCAAACAAUUAAAAUACCAACGGUGCGCACCGCCACAGUGACGACGCAAACGCAAACGGAUGAAAUGCAAUCAACAGCGGCAACAGCAACUUCAAGUGGCGAACAGCACGCGCAACAACAACAGAGACCGUACGCGGCCAUAUCUGCUAGUAGCCAUGUAAUUGCGCGUAAGCUCAGCACCGCCUUGCAACAGCAGCGCCAACAUGCUGCCACUGCCGCCACCAAUACGUCCGCAACGUUACUUUCGCUGCCGCUCCAACAGUCCAAUAUGGCACGCCGUCCCUCGCCUCAACGCCAAACCACUGCCACAUUAGUCACUGCCACAACGAACGCGGCCACUGCGAGUGUCGCUCCGCCCACAACCACUGUCACAGCCACAGCCACCGCUGCCCCAACCUCCACAGCUGUUACUGUUGUUGUUUUUAAAACAUUGUUACCUGAUGACUGAAUUAAAUAAUUUUUAAUUGUUAACAAAGCAAGAAAUGCUAACAAAAAUAUGAGCUUUGGCAGAAAGCUUACUACGGUGUGAGUCUACAAGAGAAGUUUCCACUCGAAACUCCAUGUUAGCGGUUUUGUUUUAUACAAUUAUAGGUAUUCGUUUUUGUUGUAGCAUUUAAGUGUCGCACCUUUACUAAACUAUGCACUUGUCCUAGUGUGAAAGCCCUUUUCUUCUGCUUGGCGAACACAAAUCAAAAAAGUUUUCUCAAUUGAUAGCGUUUUUUGAGCGAUUAUUUAUUUUUUGGCCUUUCAAGUGAAGUUAUGGGCCCGUAAAUGAUGCGUUUUAGCUAUGCAACAUAAUAAGGUGGCUUAAGGAAAGCUUAGCCGAAAAUUCUGUGAAUGACAAUCUGGCGAUGAAUGAAAGCGUGUGAAAGCAGCUGUGAAAGCUUAUACAGUGCAUCAUAAGAGCUUAAUAGUGUUACUGCAGACAAAUGUAAGUAGAUUAAGAUAGACGUUGGAAUCAAUGGAAUAAUUCAGUAAAAUUUCUAGAUAGCUCGAACUUAAAUUUCCUUAUUUCCCAUAUUUUUACAAGUCAAAUGAUUAAGGCACUAAGCUUUUAAUUAAAAAGGAUUUUCACUUUUCUUAUUUCUUUUUGGAAAAUUCUUCUUCUUUUUCAAAGCUUCUUUGCCGAUUUGUUUAAUUUAAAUUCUCAUUAUUUUUGUAUUUUAUAAAGUUUGUUUGGUACUAUGUUUUAAAUA